AGGAUAAAGCGCAAGCCGGGUUUCCCUCCAUCGAUACGAUCUGAUCUGAGCAAAAUUCCAUUUUCAAAGUUCCGGCAGUCCAUUCUCCUGGGCACCCCGCCGCCGCCGCCGCCGUCGUCACAUGUUCCGCAACCUGCGCUCGCGGCGGCGUCCGCGAUACGGAGCUCAACUCUGUGCCUUUGCUGCUGCCAUUCUCCUCCUCCUCUCCGUCUCCCUCCUCUACACCCGACUCAACUUCUUCCACUCCCACCAGCCGCAUUCCUACACCAGUCAGUACGACGCCGUUUCGCUCAACAACCCCCUUAUCGACGACCUCGCUGACCCCGAUUUCCACUCCUCCUCCUCUGAUGACCGCAUCGACGAGUUUGAUGACGCCAUCCAGCUCAACUCCAACGACGACGAAAAUUCCGAGCCCGAAGAGGAAGACGGGGAAGAGAAUAAUCAGAACUCGAGAGCCUCGUCGAAGACAUACUUUUACGACCAUAAAAUCGGCGUCGUUAGGAGGGCCUUUAACAAGCGGUCGAUUGAGGAAUGGGAAGAUUACGUGAACUUUGAAUCGAGCUUAAAGUUAGGGUUUGGGUAUGUGACUGAUGAGUCUAAGGAGGCGAUUGGAUCGGACGAUUUGCCAGUAGAUGAGAAGAUGAGGAAGAAAUUGAGUGAAGUAAGGAGCAUUGAAGAUGCAUUGUUGUUGAAGGGCUCACCACUGAGGGAGGGUUGGGGAGACUGGUUCGAUAAGAAGAGUGAUUUCUUGAGGAAAGAUCGCAUGUUUCGAUCGAAUUUGGAAAGUUUGAACCCGAAUAAUAAUCCAAUGUUGCAGGAUCCUGAUGGGGUUGGUCUGACUGGAUUGAGUCGAGGGGAUAGGGUUGUGCUCAAAGGAUUGAUGAAUGAAUUUAAAAAAGUUCCAUUCUUGGUGAAAAAGCCACUAUCGAUCACAGAUUCAGAGAAAUCCACAUCAGCAGAAAAUAAUGUUCUGGGUACUCAUAACAUGGAAACUAUAGAAAAGAAUGAUGUGAGGAUGAAAACCUUUCAAUCUGACUCAGAAUCAGUGAAAAUGAAAGGUGAUGUUGCUAUUAAGGGAAGGGAUAAUGAAGUCAACCAAGGGAGAAGUGAAAUCAUUAGAGCUGAGAGGAGAAGUUUAAAAGACAAUGCUAAUAAUCAAUUACAUAUUGAAAGAGUUGGGGGUGAUAAUGUUGGGGUUUUAGCAAAUAAGAACACAGAGGAGACAGAGGUGAAUGGGGGAAGUGAUGUGAAAAUUAUGGAGAAAAAUAGUGUGCUGAGAAGAGAGGUGAAUAAACCAGUAUAUGCUGAUGGGAAGAGAUGGGGUUAUUUUCCAGGUUUACAACCAAACCUGUCCUUUAUGAAUUUUAUGGAUUUGUUUUUCAGGAAAGGAAAAUGCAAUAUGAGGGUUUUUAUGGUGUGGAAUUCACCGCCAUGGAUGUUUAGUGUUCGUCAUCAGAGGGGACUGGAGAGCCUUCUUUACCAUCAUCCAGAUGCUUGUGUGGUGGUGUUCUCAGAGACAAUUGAGCUCAAUUUCUUCAGUGGUUUUGUGAAAGAUGGGUUUAAAGUAGCUGUCGUUAUGCCCAAUCUUGAUGAGUUACUGAAAGAUACACCAACACAUAUGUUUGCCUCAGUCUGGCAUGAGUGGAAGAAGACAAAAUAUUAUCCUACUCAUUAUAGUGAGCUCAUCAGGCUUGCUGCUCUCUACAAGUAUGGUGGAGUCUAUCUUGACUCUGACAUCAUAGUGUUGAACCAACUUUCUUCACUUAAUAAUACUGUUGGCAUGGAUGAAGGGAUGGAUGGAAACACUUUGAGUGGCGCUGUGAUGGCAUUCAGAAAGCAUAGUCCCUUUAUAAUGGAGUGUUUGAAUGAGUUCUAUUCAUCAUAUGAUGACUCACAAUUGAGGUGGAAUGGAGCCGAGCUUUUGAUUAGAGUUGCUGGUAACUUUUCAAGUAAUGAUAAUGUCUCCAACAAAAAUAUGGAGCUUAGAUUGCAACCAUCCUCUCUUUUCUUCCCAAUAAGUCAUGGCAAUAUUCUAAGAUACUUAACUGCACCAGUUACAGAAAGUGAAAGAUCUGAACAAGAUGCUCUCUUUAAAAAGAUCCUUGAUGAGUCUCUCACAUUUCACUUAUGGAAUAGCAUAACCUCAGCCACUGUUCCAGAGCCUAACAGCCUUGUAGCCCGGAUUAUAAAUCAUCACUGUCUUCACUGCUCCGAAGAAUUGUAGUAUACACAGUAAGCGAUCGUUCAUGGCUUCGUUGAAUGCUUCUAUACUUGCUCCGCUGAAUUCCUAGUAAACGGAAACAUUACGAGCUGGUUGAUUAAUGCAUUAUGCUGUACAGUCGAAAUUGCCCUUGGAUUUUGGCAAGUCUUUGCUAUGGUGAUGGCAUCUUGAGUUCCAAGUAGCUUUGUGAGAAAUGUGAUGCUUUGGAUGGAGGUUGUAAUAGGUUUUUUUUUGACAAGUCAUGUAAAGUAUUAUUUUUAUUUUGAAGAAAGAGUUCACCAUAUAGAGAGA